AUGUCAGAGUUGCCACAGUUUCUUAUGGAAGUGAAGACUGCUGACAUGGAUAUUCUCUCGGAUGCUGUCAAAAGCUUCAAUUCUGUUCCAUCCUUACCCGUCAACAAGUUCAUUGUUCUACCCCAGUUCUACCAUCCCACGAACGUUAAGAAGCUUCAGAUGGACGCAUCCUUACUUCGUGGAAAAGUAGAACAAUUGGAAGAGAAAUUACUCCUUUUUAGAGGUCUUAAUACGGACCUGGAGGCUGCUGCGGAUGAUGUAGCAGCUACGGAAGCAGAGCUUUUACAACUGCAAAGAGGAGAUGACUUGAGUCACGGUCUUUCGGGUUGGAAAUGA